AUGUGCACCCUGCAGCAGCGCGGCCGCGUCUUCGUCCUCACCCUCACCGGCGACGGCGAGCACCGGCUGGGCCACGCCCUCAUCUCCUCGCUCCGCUCCGCCGUCGCCUCCGCCACGAAAGCCGCGGCCAAGGCGGGGACCGGGUGCGCGCUCGUCACCGUCGGUGAGGGCUGCUUAUUCUCCAAUAGCCUGGACAUCGGGUGGGCGAGCACCUCCCGCACGCGCCUCAGCGAGCUCGCGGACGCGCUCCGCCCUCGCCGCCGACCUCCUCGCGCUGCCCAUGCCCACCAUCGCCACCAUCACGGGGCACGCCUCCACCGGCGGGUGCCUCCUCGCGCUCUGCCAUGA